CCCCAUAUCAUCAUGGACUCUGUCUUUUGAAGGGUGUGCUGAUAAAAAGCCAGGUGGCGUAUCCCAUAUUAAGAGCAGAAGAAGUUUGAUUUAUUUAGACCCUCGGACAAUUUUCCACUUUGCCCCACUCCAACAUAAAGAAGUCCAGCCUACAGAAGCCGCUGCUGUUUCUGGAUCAUGAUUACAUUUGUUUUCCUUCAGUGUUUAUUCUCCCUGCACCAACUUUUUGAAAAACAUUACCAGCAUUGAAUGGGGUAAGUAAAAAAAAAAAAGGGGUUUAAAUGAUUUGCAAACUAUUGAAUUCUUUUUUUGUUAAUGUCAGCGUCUCAGCUCUUAUAGAAUGGUAUUAAUUAAAGAGUCUCUUAGAAAUCAUCUUUUAGCUUUUAAUUGUGCACUAAAAUAAAGUAAAACUAUGCCAGCUUCAUUGUGCCUAGUGUGGCAGUAUUUUCACUGAAUGGCUAACAGCAACAUCAUGUAAAUCCUUUAAAUCCCCCUCUGCACCCCGUCUUUAAUCCAUUAUGCAGGGAGUCAGGGAAUUUGCCGGGUGCAAACAAUGGAGGCCUUAACCAACACAGCCCCUCUGCCCAACGCGGUGAGCUUUUGUUCUGAGAAUUCUAGCACAGGGGAGAAGACCAGUGAAGCCCCUCUGCUCUGCUGUCCCGGGGUGGAUUUACAUCAUUAAACACUCGACUGCUGGACUACUUUCGGACAAAUCUGCUACAAACACGUGAGUAAUGUUUGAACUCUCUUGAUUACAUUCAUUCAAUUCAAAAUGUACUUUUUUUUAUCCAUUAGAGGAUGCUAUUCAUCAGUGUAGUGGAGUCAGUUUGAUUUGCUUAACUUAGUUUUGUUUAAGUAACACUCAAAAGUUGACAGAUUUCCUGCCUAUUUUUUAAAAACAGUACUAUGACCACAGAGUGCCCAGGACUGGUCCGUAAGUGGACUGUGUCUCCACAAAGAUUUAGAGGAUGUUAAUAACAAAGCAUGUCAGUAUGUUAGAUGUUGUUCAAGGCUGUAACAAUGGUGUUUGUCCAAUAAUGAGUGUACCUGGACAGCUUGAAUCAUCUUGGCCACUUCCACUUUAGUCUUCCCCUUCACUGGUUUCCCGUUCACGCCUGUGAUUUCAUCGCCUGCUGCUAGAGUCCCAUCUAGAGCCGCUGGGGUGUUAUCGAACACCUGUGGGAAAAUAAAAACAGGUUAAAAAGUGUUCAGAUGAGAUCUGCUCAGACUGAAAUAAACAGAGCUUUAGGGUCACUAAAUCAGAUUAUCUCCAAACUGAGACAUGAUGUUGUGAUUUAAACCUGAAUCAGAUUUUAAUAAUUUCAUAAUCAUUGUGAUUCAUGUUCGGUACAUACCUGGACGAUGUAGAGACAAGGACAGUACUGAGCUCCUCCACCGAUGCUGAUCCCUAUGAGGUUAUUCCCGUCUUUCUUGAGACACACAGUACCAGGGACUGUUGGUAUCCCCCUGUUUAAGAAAAAAAAGGAUAAAUUAAUCUUUUCCUGCAUCUCUCAGCAGACUCAUGCUCUGUUUCCUCACUCUUCUCUUCUCUAAAUAAAACAGAAGAAAGGAGGAAGGUAGAGCGUACAGGCUAAUCUGCUUAUACUCAUGAUAAACUCUUCCAGCCUUUAUCUGCCAACACCGAUUGUUGUAGCUGAUUUUAAUGUGUGCUUCAGUGUGGGUGAUAAGUUAGAUAGAUAUUGCAUGUCAACAUGAAGCUGCUGCUGCUCCUUUCCUGCACACUGAGGUAUUGACAGAAACAGGCAGUUAAAAGGAGAGUCACUGGUUACUAGAGGCAGGGAACCAGGAAUCAGGAAACCACACAGCUUUUCCAGCUGUGUGCGGUUGUAGGUUGUUUUAGGCCCAAUCCCAAACCGCCCCCUAAACACUCGCCCUAUACACUCUCCCUCCGUUUGCGCGUCCCUGUGGUGGCUCCGCCAUAUUGAAGGUCGUCCCACACCACAGAGUGAGGAGGUCGACUGGACCUUUCAGCCCUCAAAUAGCGAGUCUGCACCGAUGCUCACUCAUGGCAGCAUUUGCAGGUAGUGCACCGGCAAAAAAGGAGGAGGAGGAAACAACAUACAAAUAUAAGUUCCGUAUGUGUCCACCUUUGUCUUACUGACAAAAAAAAAUUAACAAAAGACGUGGUUUGGAAAGAUCAAAUGAAACUCCGGAAUCGUACUCUGUGCUGACAUUUGUUUUGAUUGUGCAGGCACAUGUCAAAUAGUAAAGGGGUUCAAAGACGUGUGCAAUCACUAACAAACAGAAGUAUAAUUUAGCUCCUGUCACUGUAAUAGUUCCUGGAUUUAGGAUUUUACUGGAAGGAUGAAGAAACAAGACAGCUGGAGCAGCUCAGAACCGUACAUGAUUUCCGUUUACAAAGAAAAUAAACGCUGCCUUGCACAGGACGCGUCUUUGUGUCGCUAUGGCGAUGAACCUUUCCGUUUUCCGAUGGAGUGAGAAGGGCAUCCCAUACCCGCCGUCUUGUUUAUACCCUCCCACUUCAAUUGAGGCACACUCCACAGCUGCGAGUGUAACUUCAUUACGAGUGACACUCGGUAGUGAAGGCCGAGUGUGUAUGGGUCGGUUUGGGAUUGGGCCUCAGGGUCCUGCUUCCAGUAUUGCUUUCUUGUUUUUGCACUCACUAUUCUAUGUGAUUAUUUUUGUGAAUUCAGUCAAUACACCCUAGAUAUUUUUAAAAGUGAUUGUUUAAAAAUUAGGGUUAAUAGUUUAAUCCAAGAUUCCUUAAUGAACACCUUUUACGGGGUGAGAUCGCCAUCACAUCUGCUGUAUAUCAUGAAAUAAUAUUGUGCUUCCCUAUUUUUACUAAAUACAUCUCGAUUUUUUUGGAUUGUGCCACAAAAAGCAAAGGUGCAAUGAAAUAUGCCUGAGAUUUCUGCAAACUGAGACAAAAAGAAAAUGUCAGAGUGACUCACAGUUUAUCCUCCUCCAGCUCGUAGUCCAUGUCUGUGAACAUUGUGGGACAGUAUCAGUCCUGUCCCUGUAAAACCUAAAGAAGAGCGACAGGGUGAGAUAUCAAACUAUGAAACAUAAAUAUCUGUGGAAAUAAUGAAUCAGCUCUUUCAGUAAGAGUGACCUGUGAAUAAUACCAUGACAAAAAAAGAGAUUUGUUAGGAAAAGGUGACUUUAUUACACGUGACUUAGCUCCCUAUAAAACCGUGAAGACUGAGGUUCUUUUCUGUCCUGAUCUGUGGAUUCAGAGCUGAUGGAGGACGAUCAGAUACAGCUCAGACUAACAGCUGGUAACUCACAUGCAUGUCUUCUUAUCAUUUUAAAUAAAAUCUGCACUAAUCUCAAUGUAUGCACCGAUAAAUACAAUAAAUCAGGCUCUGUGGUAUCAACAAAGGCGAUAAAUCCUCUUGUAAAGACGGAAAUGAACAUCCUGAGAGCUGCUCGCUGACGCUGCUACAUUAGCUGCUCAGAGCAGUUAGCAGGUGCAUAAAUGACUCAUUAGGAGACGAUAACAUGCUGUAAACGGGUUACCUUUAACAAUAUAUGCGCCGAUCUCAUACAAAUGCUUCAAAGACAGCGUAAAAAUCCAAAUAUUUAAGAAAAACGGCCUUAUUUAGUCGUAAUUUUCUUCAUUUCUUGGUCCACUGACAGCCCCUCUGUUUACUCUGUGACGUCAGUUCCGGGAUGAAAACGGACGUACAUCAAAAAUCUUUAAUAAUUGUAUUUUUAAUAGAAACCUAACAUAUAACAAACGCUUCGUCACAAUUAAAGGAAGAAAUUCGCGUUAUUUUUUCUAUUUCAUUCAAUUAAUCUUUAUGUCAAUUAAACCCCUUUAAAGGCCUUCAAAAGAAAGUAAUCACAAACCCGGAUCUGUACUGGCCCCUUGCGGUCACAUUGUAGUACUGCUCAUACAUAGUGCAAUACCAAGCUAAACCACUUGAGGGCGUUAAAAUCCCCAAAAUUAAUGCUAUUCACCCUUAUGUCUUAAUGGAUAAGACAUUAUGUCUUAUGUCUUAAUGGAAAAUUGAAUGUUGGGACCUUUUGGGGUAAUUUUUUUCCAGUUUUACCUUCAAGUUUUUUCCAGUUCAUCCAUUUUUUUUUUAAUUUUUGAAAAUUUCCUUUGAUAAAAAAAAUUGAUCUUUGCCUUUCUCUACAUUUUGUUAAAGGCGCCUUUCAGGGCACUCAAGGACACCUUACAGAAUAUAUAAAAAGGAGAGCCUCCAGUGCCUUCUAAAUAUUUUUGUGCAACUUUCUAAAUUGAGGACGAAAAUGCAACACUAUUUCCACAAUAUUGUAUCAUAAGUACUGCUGCACAUAACAAUGCAAAGUAUGUUUUUUUUUUUUGAAGAAAGUGCAGGAAAGAAGAGUUCCCCCAAAAUUUAAAACAUCUGAUAUGAUCUAUUAGACAGGCAGUUUCAGAAAUAAGAGUACUACUACACUGAAUAAAUUGAAUGAAUGAAUAAUGACAACCAAAGACUGACAGACCCUGCUAGUAUUUUCAUCAAAUUGGUUCAGUUUAGUUUAGUUUAGUUUAAAUUAAGAAUGUUAAACAAUUUGGAAGAACUUUGUAUUGAACGUCAUUUAACUGUGUUUUAUUUAUUUCCUCACCUUUUAGCCAAAAGUAUGCAGCCAAAAUUGUAUUUUAAAGAAAAACACAGAGGAAACAUGAGCAGGCACUCUCAGCCCUUAGACUUGCUCCUGACCUGCUAAAACAAGAAAGAAAAAGCUGAUAAAAUGAUUUUUUUCAGGAAAUUUUAAUACUGCAUAAUCAAUGCAUCAUAUUUUACAUAGCGCUUUAUCAGAGACCCUCAAAGUGCUUUACAUUGGAUACAUCAUUCAUUCGCUCACACAGUUACACUGUGGUGGUGGUAAACUACCUUAGUAGUCACAGCUGCCCUGGGGCAGACUGACGGAAACAUGGCUGGAUUUCAGUGAUAUGCAAACCCUCGAAGUCUUCUUUUUCAACAUCUUACUCAACAUAUCAACUCUUAUGGAAUUGAAUUUUUAUAAUUGAGUCAAUGAAUAAAACAUGAUUUCCUUAGCUCGUAAAGUUCACAACUCCUCUAUCAAAGCAGGCAUUCUGUAGUCUAGUCAGUGGCUUACUUACUCAGAUGUAAUCAGUGAUGUCCUGAAUGCACACAAUGACUCCCACUCAAAAACUUACAGAGAAACUUAAGGAUAGACACCUCACUGUCUACUGCUCUUAUUUUCUACUUGCUCCAUGAUUAAGGAGGUGCUGAAUCUUGGGUGAACAGCAGUGAUUAAAAAGAUCAUUUGCAUUGAAAAGGUUCCCUGAUUUUCAGGAUGAUGACUGAGGAUUUAGGCCAUUGUCUGUCUUUUUCUCUAAUCCCCUGAUGACAGUAUAAAUUCAGAAGAGCUUCACAUACACUUACUUUGUCUUCCAGCGAAGAAAACUGCCUGAUCCCUCUUUCACCUCCAGGACUGUUCACCCACACCAACACCCAAGAUGAGCAUGGUACUUUUGUCUAUUUUUAUUACACAUAACUUUUUGAUUACAUUGUUUUUACUAAUUUAACCAUCAGUUUUCUCCUUCUGAUGAAAUUGCAUGAUUGUGUUUUUUAGCAGCUGGAAUUAAAGAAUGCAUACCUGAGGACCGGAGAUCAGCUGAAAAUAAAAGGGGAGAUUCUGCACGACGCUGAAAGGUAAGAUAACAAAGACACCACAUUUAUUCUGCAUUAGCAUUCAAGAGUGAAUUGGAUCAUCUACAGUGAAAUGUUUCUGCCUCAAUGUCAUCCAAAAUCACCUGAAAAUCAUCCAAAUUUAUUUUGUCAGAUUUCAGAUCGACCUGGGCUACAGUGAAGACGACUUGGCUCUACACUUCAACCCUCGUUUCCACGAUGACUCUGACGGAACUGUUAUUGUGUGCAACUCAAAAACUGCAGGAUGUUGGGGCGAUGAGAUGCGAGACAUGCACAACCCUCUGCACAGGGGCACCGAGGUGAAGGUAAAUACAUCUGAGUAAAGGAAGCGAGGAUGGAAAUUUGUACUUGAGAAAAGGUAGGGGAGAGUGGGGUAAGUUGAGCCAAAGGGUAAGUUGAGCCACCCCCUGUUGCUUGGAAAUGGUAAAAGAAAUUGAUAAUGUGACCAAAUAUUUAGGAGAUGGGCAUCAAUUCAUGGAGUCUGUGAAGGUUAGAAGCACAUGAGUGAAGGGGUUAGACAUUUAUUUCCAAAAAAACAAAUUUUUCACUCUUGAAAGUGAAUUUAGUCUGUCAUAAGUUUGAUUAGAAUUGUGUUCAGACCAAAAAAGAUCAUUUUAAAUUUGUUUUAUCAUCAAUUGUGGUAUCAAUGAGCAACAACAUGAGGUCAAAAACUUAGCAUAAAAGUCCACCAUUUUAGUUUAGAGGAGUAAUAAAGCCAUAAUAGUAGUUCUGGGGUAAGUUGAGUCUGUGGCUCAACUGAGAAAGCAAAGGAGUCUGAUGAGAGGAUCAGAGUUUCAGUUACAGCUCAACUUACCCCACUCCUAUGGUCAACUUACCACAUACACAGGGUAAGUUGACCACCUAUAUUAUCAAGACAGUUAUGUUAACACUCAUUCUGUUGGUUUGCAGGGAUGCAUGACAUCUUGAAAUAUAUGCAGAUACACUAGUUAUAGACAAAACUAUGACUGCCUUGAUGUAGUGAUCAGAAAUAUGAAAAAUGUCUCAUCUUGCCCCACUCUCCCCUACUAAAAGUCAAGUAAAGGGCGUUAUUAAAAGGCUAAAAUCAGUCGAGAAGCAAUAUGAGAGAGUUUUUAUCUCUGUUUCAGAUUGUGGUGAAACUGGCUGGAGACAUGUUUGAGGUGGAGCUCCCUGAUGGACAGGAGGUCAAGUUUCCAAACCGAGCAGGCGUGGACCUCAUCAGCUUUGUCAGAAUCAGAGGAGACCUCAAACUGACAUCCCUCAAGAUCUCCUAAGAGACAAAACUCCUGCAUGCUGUGUUUGUUGUGAUGGACAGAGACACGACUUCAGGACUGGCUGAUUAUCACAAGUUAUACUGUACUAAUCAAUGAGAAAUGCAAAUCUUGAGUAAGGACAUGUAUCUAUAUUGAAAUGAGAGCAGAGUAUUAAAUGAUAAACUUCAUGUGGCUGUUUGCUUUUGUUUGAAGUGUUGGCUCUUCAAUGAAAACAAUGCCCACUGAUUUUGCACACUUUCCCAGUCCAGUCCUGAGAGGGCAAUAAAGAAGGUUGGCAACAGAA